GCACCUUCUGAAGUGGCGGUGCUCCAUCUGCUUCUCCAGCGCUACCAUGAUCUGCCAGAUGUCUCGGCUCCUCUUCAGCUUCACAUGGGUUUUUGUGCUUCAAGACGUUAAUGCUGUAACGUGUAACCCAGGUGAGAAGCUCCACAUUGACAGGACACAUUGUGUUAAUUGCCCUAAUGGGCAAUACCGUUCUAAACCUGGAGAUGAUGUAGAGUGUCUGAACUGCAGGCCUUGUGGAAAAUACAGUACAAUAACUGAAAACUGCACAAAAUUCCGUAAUGCUCAGUGUAAGUGCUUUGAGGGCUUCAACAAUAUGGAUAAACAUCAUGAACUGUGCAGGUGCCAAAGUGGAUCAGGAUUAAAGGACACAGAAAAUGGGAAAGUAAUUUGUGAGCAGUGUCCACCUGGAACAUUUACCGAGACGUUUAACAGCAGAUGUCAACCGUGGAAAAAGUGUGAUCAAAGCGGGGUGAAGACUGCAGGAAAUAGCUCUUCUGAUGUUGUCUGCAAAAAUCCAGCAACACCUGAUGAGACAAGAGCAACAACUUUCCCCUCCUCCGCUGUCUUUGUGCCCCAGACAUCUGCCAACACUUCCACCACGGCUUCAACCACAACACAAACAAGCAAGACCAUCAUAAACCCAAGCUCUGGGCCCCCCAACAGCAGGCAGCAUGGCCUGUGGGUGGCCGUGUCGCUGGGCAGCAUUCUGGCUUUCCUUCUGAUACAGUUUGUGAUCAUCAAGAUGAAAAUCACCAUCUGCUUCCACAAAAAUAAGAAGAUAGUUCGACAAGACAGCGCAUGUACGAAGCCAGUGGAGGAAUCUGGAGAGAAGUUUCUUUCAGUCUAAUCUCCAAAUUCUUAAUAUUCACGCUGAAAGCAGGCGCCAGGCAGUCUUUGAUGUUCUUCUGAUUAAAAUCAGCAGUAGGUAUUAUAUACCAGUGUAGACGCAGUGUUUUAACUGUAUGCUUUAAAGUGCUUUACCAUCGCAUGCCAUGUAAGAAGGCUGCUGUUGCGCACUGUUCCAUUACUAGCGGAAACCGAAACCAGUGACAUAAUCAUCAGAUAUCAGACGCCCUGUCAGCUUAAUUGUUCCAGAACUGUUUUUUUAUUCUUGUAGUUGUUGUUGUUUUCUUUCUUAUUUCUAAAUCACUGUUCCAUCCCACUGUUUCCACUGAAAACUGUUCUGAGGUUAAAGGUGGUCAAUAUGACAAUAUUUAUGUAUUGUUAUUGUGAUAAAUGACAUCAAUUUUAUCAGCAUAGCAUGAAUAUCAUCAUUAUUCAAGAGGAAUUCCACCAAUUUCUCCAAACAUCUAUAUAAUUAAAUGGUUCAGAAGUAAACAUCAGAGUGGUUUGGUGUGAAAUGCUCCGUUCUUACACAGUCAGAAUGGUUCACAGUGGUGGUGAUAGGAACCAGACGUCUGAGGACUUUGAAUGCCUCUAAAAGCUCCUUCACAGAGACUUAUUGUAUGUAUGCGCUGCUUUGUUUUAUGACUUAUUUUUUGGGAUUUUACUCUAUUUUACCAUUAUCAACUAUGCAUAUAAAUGGUUAAGUGGUCAUUUUGGAUAGUAAAUAAGAUGACUAUAUUUGCACGACCCCUGGUUCCUAUUAGCUCUGCUGUAAAGAUCAAGUGACCCUUAUUAGUCCCACAACGGGGAAAUUUCACCU